AUGGCCUCCACUUUGUUCUCCACACCAACUUUCCAAGGUCUCAGACCUCUCAACAAGCUCACUGACACCACCUUCCAAAAACCCAUCUCCGCCAACUUCUGCCGCCCACUCACCGCCAAGGCCAGGCCGAGCAGCCUGAAAAUCAAGGCUGAGCUCAACACUUCACUGGUCAUCAGCUUAAGCACUGGACUCUCCCUUUUCUUGGGCAGGUUUGUGUUCUUCAACUUCCAGAGGGAAAACGUGGCCAAACAGGUGCCUGAACAGAAUGGAGUUUCACACUUCGAAGCAGGUGAUGUGAGGGCCAAGGAAUAUGUGAGCCUUCUAAAAUCUAAUGACCCUGUUGGAUUCAACAUCGUCGAUGUACUGGCUUGGGGCUCCAUUGGUCAUAUUGUGGCUUAUUAUAUCCUAGCCACCUCUAGCAAUGGCUAUGAUCCUAAGUUCUUUGGUUGA